CCGUUUGCAUGUCGACGACAUGCUUCGUCGCGCAGGCUCCUUUCGUACACAGUCUCGAGGGCCAUUCUCGUUGCUCGAACCGGAUGAGACCAGCUUUCGGAUGGUCCUGAAGAAACCUACUUCGGUCCUCUAAUAAUGUACGAUCCCGAUGAUGUGCUCCUUACAUUAAACUGCAUACAUAAGCAAGACGAGAAGUACGAGCGACUCCGAAAAGAAGACGACACGGUUUUGAGUGCUCGAAAUUUCUCGACCUGUUUUCGAAUUUCAAUAUGAGAAUGCAAGCACCUCUUAUCGGAAUAUGAGAACACUGACACAGGGGACACGACUCACUGAAUUUCGGAAAGAUAAUCCAUCCCCAUCAUCCGGAUUUUUAGCGCCUGUGGCUUUUGGAGAGGAGGUUUGAGGGCUCAGGGCGGCGCAGGUUUUAAUUUUCGUCACCCAGAUUCUGCCGUAGCUAUCACGAGAAGCUGGAGCUGAUUUAGGGGGCCAGUGAAUAUCUCCUGAUUAUGCAAAUUGAGAUCGUGCCUGUGAAGCGAUGAGGUUGCCGGCGGAAAUGUGCAGGAAUUUGCCAGGUGAAUCAGGAAUCAGGUGCCUUGAGAGCCCCGCAUUGUUUUGAACAGAAACAGGUUGACAGAGAAUUUCAUCUGUAUUGCGUCAGGGCAAGCGAUUCUGAUCCCACGCUCGGUGGAAGAGUCGAGCUCUCUGUCGCACGGGGCUGGAAGGCAGCGAACCGAGACGCAUGAGUCUAAUCUCCCUCCGAGGCGAAAUCUUUACCCCACGGAUCAAGGACCGGGAAGGAGCGGCAGCGUCUGGCGACGAGAGUGGUGAGCUGUGCGUGCAAUUGGAAGUCCAGAGGAAGGACUGCUCGAGACAGUUCAACCUGGCUGUAGGCCAUGCAAUCCCAAGGACGAGAGCCAAGACAGCGGAGGAGGAGCACAAUGAGCUGCUCGCCAACACUCUGUAUGCCGCAAUUGCGAUCGAGAACACGGACGCGAUCACGUCUUUGCUGGCCCCGGAGAUCGAGUGGUGGUACCACGGGCCGCCCUCGCACCAGCACAUGAAGGCUCUCCUCACGGGCGAGACUCCCUGCGGCGCCUUCAUCUUCGCCGUCACGAAGCUCGGCCUCUUGGCCAACAAGGUGUUUGUCGAAGGUAGCGGCCGCACGGACUGGAGCUCGUGGGUCCACGUUUGGACAAUCUGCGAAGGCCAGAUCACUGAGCUCCGAGAGUAUUACAACACUUCUAUCAUGGUCGUCAGUGGAGGCCUGUUCUCCUCCGAGUCCUCGACCUCCAGACCCAGCAUGCCCAAGUCUGGAAUCCGAUCUUCCUGGUCGUCGGGCAGUUCUCUCUCGGCGCAUGACGGCGUUGUGUCGAAUAACGCCACGGCUUUGUGGCAGAAUUCGCUGUCUAUCCUGAAUAACACUUCUAUUCCGGGAAUUGUGUUCUGCAUCGAGAGCUUUAUGCUGUGAAUUGGCAAGCGGUGUUGUUGACACGCGGUGGUGGAGAGGAGUUUUCAGCUGCCUUGUGUAGGCCUCGAAUCUCCACGUUCUGGGGUCGAGAAGAGGACCUUGGCAGGUGCGAGUUCUCGCUACUUCAGCUCCAAAUCCAUGAACACCAUGAACUGUGCAUCCAAGUAACCUGGGGCUGAAAACCUUACGAGGCGUGAGGGACGAGCUUACUGCAAAAAAGGAAUCGUUGCAGUGGCACAAUUAAUGCCUCGCUCAGGCCGUUAAUUCCUAAUACUCGUGAUCAGCAAUCACGUGCGGGUUUUAGUCGCUUUACAAGAUUCACGAUGCCGUACAAUUCCAAACCCCAAACAUCGCAUUCCACAACCCUCUGACGCCAAGAGCUCUCUCCAGAGGAUACAGCUUCUUGCCCACAUUGAGAACAUUUCUUGAGGAGGGCUGAGAAAUCUCAAGUCUCCUUCCUCACCAGUGUAGAGAAGUAUGUGUGUCAUAGACGCUUUGGUUCGACCCAACAUGUCUCGAAAGCAAAGAGGACACAUAGCAUAGCAUUUAUUUCGAAAUAAAUAUAUAUAAACUAAACCUCCCUUUCCUUUAAGUACGAACUUGAGAACCAAGAUAACUCAAUGUUUUCUGUUGUGGACAUCCUACAACCGUGAAAAUCUGGCGCUACUAGAUUCUGCGGGAAUGCUCCCGGACAUUCAAAAUCCACCAAUAAUUAUUUCCCUUAUUGAAUGCUCUCUGUUGUCGAGCCAGAACAUUUUCCCUGGUUUUGUUCAUUUCAGAUGUACAAAAGAUGGAGACGAUAGCCGCACCCCCCAUGGAUCCCAUGACAGACAGGAGGUCAUGAAAUCUCGUAAGUGAAAUCCAAGAGUGCAAGAAAAUGAGCGGAAGAAUCCAUCAAGUGAAUGAAACGAAACUGAUUGCUUCGGGUGGGCUCCAACCAGCCAAACUGGACUGGAUGGGAUUUUCUUCUCAUGUAGGCGCGUGAGAGACUAGUGGAGCCUCACUCUAAGUAUAUGCGAUUUGGAUGGUGCCAGGACGUGCGACCGUGGGAGACUUUCCUCAUCGAAGAUUGCUUUCAGUUGGAUCUUAAUAUAUUAUGUUUUAAACUCAGCGUCUUACUCAAGUCGAUACCAACUUGAUCUGGCUGGUUUCGAUGUGAGUGGUUCUCUUGUGGUUGGCUCCGAAUGUUAUGAUGAGGAACUUCACCUCGCUUGAGAGCAAAGUUAUGUCUCGAAGUACCAUCAAGAGAUGGAAGUUCGUAUAGGCUCAUUUUUUGUUAUUGGUGGAGCAUGGUCGCUAAAGUCUUCGCGUGACAUGCCCCAAGAUUCGGCACUUUUUGGAACUUGCUAUAUUUUCAGUAUUUAUCAUGGAACUUGCUUUAUCACUUUGGA